GCCCCUACUUCUCACAGUCCCCACCAGCUUCCUUCCUCAGGCAGUGCUUUGUGGGGAGCUGAGUCACAGUGACAGCAGCAUCAGUCACCUCUUCCUGGGCAGAGGUGGUGGGAAUCCACCUCAACAUGAACAGCCCGAGUUUCAUAGAGAAACAACGGAAGCAGAGUGAGCCAAGGAAGAAACAAGAAACUGCUGUUGAUUGGAAGGUAGGCCCAGAAGGUCCGCCUCCUCCUGUUGCCUGGCAACGAGUGUAAACAGCGCAAGACCAUGGCCACUAACUACAGCGCCAACCAGUAUGAAAAAGCUUUCUCACCCAAGUAUCUGCAGAACUGGUCUCUUGCCAAGCCAACAAAAGAGAGCAUCUCUUCCUAUGAAGGCUACACUCAGAUUAUCGCCAAUGAUCGUGGUCAUCUGUUGCCUUCUGUGCCCCGUUCCAAGGCAAGUCCUUGGGGCUCCUUUAUAGGCACCUGGCAAAUGCCUCUGAAGAUACCCCCUGCUCGGGUGACCCUGACUGCCCGGACAACUGCUGGUGCUGCCUCCCUCACCAAAUGGAUACACAAAAAUCCUGAUUUACUCAAGGCCUGUAAUGGGCUGCGUCCUGAAAUCUUAGGCAAGCCCCAUGAUCCUGAGAGUCAGAAGAGGAAGUCUACCACAAAGACAGUACAACAAGCACCAUGUCCAACCAUAAUUCCAAGCUCCCCGGUGACUAAUCUCAACUCCCCAGAUGAAUCUCAAAGUUCGCACCCCUCUGCAGGUCACACUCCAGGUCCCCAAACCCCAUGCAAUUCUCCUGAAAGCAUGCUGGGAAGCCCUGUGUGCCAGGAAGCAGAUCCUAAUCUAGCUGAGAUCCCAAACUGCAAACCUGAAACUUCUGAAGGAUCAAGGGGCCAGAAUGAGAAAACCUGUCCAGAGUCUGAAUUGAAGUAAACACAAUUCCCUGACCAGAAUGUGAAACGGAAAAAUUAUGGAGUAGGAGUAAAGGCAAAUUUGGACAAUAAAUGUUGUUUGUUGAA